AGCGCUGCGAGAAAGACGCGGGCUUACACCUGCGUGUUCUCAAAACUUUACGCGACUAACAACUGCAGUGAUUCGGAAUUUGAACUGAGAGUGUUGAGUUGCUUGUGUCAAGUUUAGUGAUGACUUUAGAAUGGAACAGCCUACUUUCGUGCCUCCUGGACAAACGUUGAUGUCAGAGGAAAUGGAAACGAGGGACCGGCUCGCCAAGGAGAUAGUUCUCCUCGUGCUCUUCUUAGUGUCGACGGCGGCGAACUCGCUAGCGUUACUGGUUUUCUGCCGACGACCUGGCCUGAGAACAAUUUCUAAUAGGUUCGUCAUCAACCUCCUGGCGACGAAUUUGCUGACCACCUCCCUGCUCGCGCCCGCCCUGUUCGGCGAGCACACCGCGAGGGAGGGCGCCGCGGCGUGGGUCGAGGCGGGGGACGCGGCCGCCUCUGCCUGCAGCCUGGCCGCGCUACUAGCUAUCAUGCUGAUAUCCCUCGACCAGCACCACGCAGUCACAGACCCCCUGCGCUGCCACGCUCGGCUCCUCCAACGCCGGCCUGCUGCCCUCUGUGCGGCCACGUGGUUCGCGGCCGUCACUGCCGCUCUCAUCAGGGCUGCCAUCGCUGUCUUCCGCCACUUCUACCCGCUCGAGCCUAUCGUACAAGGAGUCGAACUGGCCUACUACGUCGUGUACUUAAUUCUUGGAGUUCUGGUGCCGGCCGCUAUAGUCUGCGUCAUGUAUGCAAGAAUAUACAGAGCGGCACGCUCUUCUGGACUCCGAGCGAGGGCACACGGCGCCAGUGCCCUGCAGCUUCACGAGCCUCCAGCGAACCUGCCCGACUUAAUUGAAGAAGGCGAAGGGCUCACACUGAGAAUAGAUGUUCCUGAUGCGACUGAUAAUGCUGCGUCUGCUGAGGCUGAUCGCAAAUACGGUCCGUUCCUGCUUCCUCCAGAACGCCCGCUUCGGUGCCCUUCUGUCGCUAGUCUCCGAAACUCGCGAAAAGAGGGAAAAUCGAAUGAAGAUCUGAGAAGAGGACUGCCCGCUGUCAGUUCAGCGCCUUCGCUGGCUGCUCCGCUAUUGGCCGUGCAACCGCGUACGCCGCAGCCUGCUGUUAGUACUUCAAGAAUAACAUCUAUCCGGUGUAGAAUUUCGAACGCUUCAUUAUUUCGUUAUAGGGAAGAAUCUCGUGCGGCUCGUGUUGGACUAUUAACUGGUGCAUUAGUGAUGUUACACAUUCCGCACGCUGCAGCUGCGGUCGUGUCGGCGGCCGUGCCCGGGCUCGCUGAAAGUGCGCGGACGCCCGCUCUGGCGUUGCUGCUGCUCUCUGCUGCGGCGUCUCCGUUCCUAUUCGCGUUGCGCUCGCGCCGCGUGCAGCGUGAAGCGCGGCGCUUACUGUUGCCCGAGAAGAGCGCUUGGGCUAGAAGUAAUAGCGCCGCUGCGGCGGCUGUCGCUGACGGGCAGCGUGCUCGCGCUGCGUUGGAAUUGCUGAGGACCCUGUCGCCGGGUAGCGGUGGUGGUGAAGCGCCGCCGUCGGGAAACGGCUCAGAAGGGGGCGCGUGCCGCGGCUCCUUCAGCUCGGGCGGCAGCACCCAGCUGUCGUCGGCGUCGGACGAGUGACCGCCCGCGCCCCGCGUGCCCCCCCACGCACCCCCGCGGGUCCGAUUCUCCCCGCGGCCCACCGCUAUCCUCAUCUGUGAUACUAGGCUAAGCCACUCCGCGCUCGGCGCGACCGUUAGACUGAUUUAGUAUUAAGUUAAUUUAUUGUGUCCAUGUACCUUUCCGCUGAGCGGACAAUUUUAUUAC